AGUAUUUUUAAUUGUUUAAUUUUUAUGAAUAAUUCUUUUAUUUAUUAUUCAUUGUUUUGGUUUGAUUCAGUUUCUUUAAUACUGUACAUCGAUAUUGGUUCUAUGGCCGGCUACUGGGCGCGGUAUCGUCGCUUCCCGGUCUGACGUCACCAGCCCCAUAGUGCGGGAGUGGGGAGUGAGCUGUGAGCCUCGGGGAGCGAUGGACUGCGAGUCGCCGCCGACGCACGUGCGGUGGAAUUACGCCGCGGGCAGAGGUGUAUAAUGCUUCGACACAGCGCCAGGCAGUCCAUGCCUGGGUUGGCAUGGAUGGGGCCGUACCUCCAGCUGGUACGGAAGGAAGUGCCUCGCAAGAGAAUACUUCGAUAAGGAGGACGCAUCGUCGGACUGGAGCCCUCGUGAAGCAGCGACAUGGAAGCGUCGCCGAAGCAAUGGGACUGGAAGGAGAUGUGCGGGGCGGAGGGCUUCGUGCUGUGGUCGCCGGCGCGCCGCGACCUGGGCGUCUGCUUCCAGCAGCUGUGCCUGCAGGUGCCCGCCCUGGCCCUGCUCGCCUUCCUCUCGUCCUACUUCACGGGCUCACGCAGCUACUGGAUCCACGCGACCCGCCGGCGCCACGCGUGGGCGCUCGUGUGCCGGGGGCUGGCCGCCUUCCUCCUGGCCGUCGCGCCCAUCCUCAAGGUGUGCCUCGCCACGGCGAUCGCCCCCGGCUCGCUGAACCCCGUGGACUACCUGGCGUGCGCGGUGGAGACCAUGGCGUGGCUGGUGCACCUCUGCUACGUGCUGACGCUGAGGAGCCGCGUCAGGGGCACUCUGCGGGGGCCGGCCGCCGCGUGCGCCGUCUGGGCCGUCACGUUCGCGCUCGCCGCCGUGUCCGCCAGGACCCACUACCUGGCGUACGCCGGCAACCAGGACCCCGACCUCGAGCUGUUCACCGCACAGUGCUACGGCUUCAGCAUCCUCACCAUGGCCCUCCAGGCGGCCUACCUCGUCACCAUGAUCCCCAAUGACCCCAUCCUCGACGUAGAAGAAGAAGAAAUUCGCAUUCAAGUAUCAGAAGCGCAGGCGCUGCUAGCGGCCGGCGCGUCGCGGCUCGGCACGUACAGCCGCUUCCGGGAGGACCGGGACCCGCGGUACCUGGGCGUGGCCAAGGAGGGCGCCACGCUGCUGUCGCGCCUGCUGCUGCACUGGGUGACCCCGCUGGUGCGCAAGGGCGCCGAGGCCCAGCUCACCGGCACGGACGAGCUGCACGACCUCCCGCUGGAGAUGAGCCCCGCCCACCUGUGCGCCCGGCUCGAGGCGGCCAUGGGGGAGGCACCCGGGCGGCCCUCCCCAGCGCGGGAGGACGUUUCGGUGCGGAGCCGACCGGCGUCCCUGCUGCGGGCGCUGCACUCCUGCUUCUGGCUGCAGUUCUACGGCAUCGGCGCGCUCAAGCUGCUGGCAGACUGCGCGGGCUUCGCGGGUCCCCUGCUGCUCAACCGCCUGGUCUCCUUCGUGGAGACGCGCGGCGAGCGGCUCCGGGACGGCUACCUGUGCGCGGCCGGGCUGUUCGCCGCCACCCUCCUCUCGUCGCUGUGCCUGACGCACUUCAACCUGCUGAUGGCGGAGGUGGGGCUGAAGAUCCGGGCCGCCAUAGUCACCACCGUGUACCGCAAGACGGUCAGCGUCAGCGCCAGCUCCCUCGCCAAGUUCAGCGUUGGCGAGGUGAUGAACUUCAUGAGCACAGACACGGACAGGAUCAUGAAUGCAUGCCCCAGCUUCCACUCAGUGUGGAGUAUUCCUUUUCAGAUAGCAGUAACUUUAUACCUCUUGUACAGUCAAGUGGGACUGGCAUUCUUGGCUGGCGUUGGCUUCUCUAUCAUUCUCAUCCCUAUAAAUAAGUUUAUUGCUGACAAAAUAGGCCGGUUGAGCACGAGCAUGAUGGAGCGCAAGGACGAGCGCGUCAAGGUCGUGGCGGAGAUGCUGCGAGGCAUCCGCGUCAUCAAGUUCCACGUCUGGGAGGAGUACUUCAUCGAGAAAGUCGAUAGGCUGCGAGCCAUGGAGCUGAGGUACCUGGGCGGCCGCAAGUACCUGGAUGCCGUGUGCGUGUUCUUCUGGGCCACCACGCCCGUCCUCGUCUCCAUCCUGACCUUCACCACCUACGUCCUGUGGGGCAACACCCUCACCGCGGCCACGGUGUUUACAAGCAUAGCCUUGCUCAACAUGUUGAUCGCGCCUUUGAAUGCUUUCCCUUGGGUUUUAAAUGGCUUGACAGAAGCCUGGGUUUCCAUUAAAAGGAUACAAAGACUUUUAGAACUCCCAGAUCUUGAUCUGUCCCACUACUACUCACCGGUGCCCGCAGACGACUCUGAGCUGGUCUUGUUCGUCAAGGAUGGCACGUUCAGCUACGGCAGUACAGUGUCGUCUGGGGAGGAACACGGGGCAAGCAUCACCCUCACCAGGAUAAACAUAACUCUCAAAAAGGGAGAACUGCUGGGGGUCAUGGGCCGGGUCGGCAGCGGGAAGACGUCCCUGCUCCUGGCCAUGCUCGCAGAGCUGGACCAAGUCUCCGGGGUCGUCGGGCUCUCCGACCCGGACGCCGGUGUCGGCCUGGUGAGCCAACAGGCCUGGCUGCAGCGCGGAACCAUCAGGGACAACAUCCUGUUCGGCAAGCCCUACGACCGUGCCAAAUACAAGAGUGUGAUUGACGCAUGCUGCCUCCAGCCGGACAUCGACGCCUUGCCAGACGGCGACCUGACAGGUGUAGGGGACAGCGGGUCAACACUCAGUGGAGGUCAGAAGAUCCGGAUAUGCCUUGCCAGGGCUGUCUACCAGGACAAGAAAAUUUACUUCCUGGACGACAUCCUGUCUGCAGUGGAUGUCCACGUGGCACGUCACAUAUUCCAGAAGUGUGUGCGGGGCUUGUUGCGCAGCAAGACGUGUGUGCUGUGCACGCACCACGUCCAGUACCUUCUCUCCGCCGACAACGUCGUCGUGAUGGAAGACGGCCGCAUACAGCAGCAGGGCAAGCCCAACGUGGUGCUGGCGAACUUUGACGAGUACUUGCUGCUGGAGAACGUGGCCGGGAUCGCCGCGACGGUAAGCAAGGGCAAGGACGUGGGGAGCGGGCCCACGGCGGAGGACUCUGCCGGCCGCGGCACGGACGCUCCGGAGGGACGGGACGGCGUGCUGGAGGAGGAGGGGCGGGAGACGGGGACCAUCGGCGCGGGCGUGCUGUGGUCGUAUUGGCGCGCCGUGGGACACCUGCUGGCGGCCGCCAUCCUCCUCUCCUUGGCCUCCAUGCAGGCCACCCGCAACUUCACCGACUGGUGGCUCAGCUACUGGGUGAGUCACGUGAACAACAGUUCCAACGCUACAAACGCUACAUCCGUGCCGUUGUACGCCUGGACGAUGUCGCCUGUGGACGACAGGACGCAGUUCUACUUGACGGUGUACGGGAUCAUGGCGGGUCUCAACUCCUUGUUCACUCUGCUCAGGGCGUUCCUGUUUGCGUACGGAGGGCUGCAUGCUGCUGCCGGUAUCCACAACCUUUUGCUGAAGAACAUCGUCAGUGCUCGUGUGCUGUUCUUCGACACGUCGCCGCUGGGCCGGAUCCUGAACCGGUUCUCGUCGGACACGUACACCAUCGACGACUCCCUCCCGUUCAUCGCCAACAUCCUGCUGGCGCAGCUGUUCAGCGCGCUGGGCGCGGUGGCCAUCGUGGUGUACGGCCUGCCCUGGAUGGUGCUGGUGCUGGCGCCCCUGGUGCCCGUGUACCAGUGGCUGCAGGCCCAGUACCGCCUCGCCUCCCGGGAGCUCAAGCGGCUGUCCAGCGUCUCCCUGUCGCCCGUGUACAGCCACUUCAGCGAGACGCUGGCGGGGCUGCCCACCAUCCGGGCGUUCCGCGCCACCCCCAGGUUCCGCCGAGAGAACGAGGACUACCUGGAGGCCAACCAGAAGUGCCAGUACGCGAGCCAGGCGGCGGGCCAGUGGCUGGGGCUCCGCCUGCAGUUCAUCGGCGUCGCCAUGGUGACGGGCAUCGGCUUCAUCGCGAUGCUGCAGCACCAGUUCAACGUGGCCAACCCAGGUCUGAUCGGGCUGGCCAUCUCGUACGCGCUGUCGGUCACGAGCAUCCUGAACGGCCUGGUGAACGCCUUCACGGAGACGGAGAAAGAGAUGGUCGCGGUGGAGAGGGUGUGCCAGUACACAGAGGAGGUGGUCCCGGAGCGGUCCGAGGAGCUGGCCCUGCCCCCCUACGGCUGGCCGGGGCAGGGCGUCGUCACCUUCCACGAGGUCGUGCUGAAGUACAGGGAUCACCUGGUUCCUUCUCUGCGGUGCGUUAGCUUCGAGACCCGCCCUGCUGAAAAGAUCGGUGUGGUUGGCCGCACUGGAGCCGGGAAGAGUUCGCUGCUGGCUGCCUUGUUCCGCCUGUGUGAAGUUGACAGCGGAGAGAUCUACAUAGACACCGUCAACAUUUCCCACCUGAGCCUCACGGCUCUAAGGUCGCGGCUGGCGAUCAUCCCCCAGGAGCCGUUCCUGUUCUCGGGCUCGGUGCGGGACAACGUGGACCCGCUCGGGGAGAGCCGGGACGCGGAGCUGUGGGACGCCCUGACCCGCUGCCAGGCGGCGGCCGCGGUGAGGCGGCUGGGGGGCCUGGGGGCGGCCGUGGGGCCCGGCGGGGCCCGCCUCUCCGCGGGCCAACGCCAGCUGCUGUGCCUCGCUCGCGCCGUGCUGCGCAACGCCAAGAUUGUUUGCAUUGAUGAGGCGACAGCAAGCGUCGACCAGGAAACAGACAGGCACAUCCAGCGUACUUUGCGCUCAUUGUUUCGUCAGAGCACUGUGAUAACCAUUGCACACAGAGUGCAGACCAUCAUGGACUCUGAUAGGGUGCUGGUGAUGGGGGAGGGCAAGGUGCUGGAGUUCGACUCCCCGGCGACGCUGCUGCAGGACAGCCGGUCGCAGUUCCACCGCCUCGCCAGCCGGGAGGUGCAAUAACAGACUGCUCAUUCCACACUGGACCGCCCCCCCGCCCUCGUCAGCUUCCACGACCUCGUCCUGCUCCUGUCCCUGCUGCUGCUGCUGCUCUUCUUGUUCCGGCUCCUGUAGCUCCGCUCUGUCGCUAGCGGUGGGCCGAGUCUUAGUUUCUUCGAGUACCGGUCUCCAGUAUCCCACAUGUAGGUCUCAAGGUUAAAAAACUAAAAGUCCAUUAACUGUUGUUGUUAAAAUAUUAAACCCCUUAAAUGCCAGUUUCGUUAACUAGGUUUCCUGAAUCAAUACAUGUCAUUGUGUUAGUUGCAUGAUUACAUAUUAAAAUUACAAUAUCUUGGAGAAAGGUUAUAGGUUAUGUAUGAAUUAAAACACAAAUAGAACUAUUGAACUUCAGAUACGUAUCUGUUGAAUUUUUCACUGUGGUAUUAGUACAUUUCUUCCAAUAAAUUAUUCAAAUUUUUUUUUUUUUCCUGGAAUCUCGAAUCUUUAAAAAAACAGAUUCAGUGGUAUUAGAGGUAUUGACGAGCCCAUCCCUAGUUGUUAGUUUUCGCUGCCAUUGUCAUUCCUGUUUUUGUAUCCCCUCGUUGACAUUUAGUUAUGCUUGUGCCUGCUCACUUCUGUGGCCUGUCUUGUGACGCCCUGCGUCAAUAACCCUGCAAGAAGAUCAGUCAACAUGGAUUGCUGAAGUAAAGUAUGAUAUUGACCAGAUGAAGGUGUAGCUUUGCUUAAAUUUUCAAAUAGUAGUUUAUUUUGUAGGAAAUGUGGCAAAAUGAUUUUUGUAGUUGAUAGCUUUAAGCAAGCAUUUUACUUCAUAUAUAAUAAUACUAGCAGAACGGGGCAGAAUUUGUCCUGCCAGUGUUUAUUUAUUUACCUCUAUAUAUCUAAAAUGGAUGGUUUGUAUGUAAUCUAGAAUUUAUAAAGUGUUUGAAAUAAUCACGGUCCAAAUCACUAGCUAUUUGUUGUUAUUGAGGAUAAAGUACAGUAAAAAUCAGAAUGUACCAAUUUUCACGGCGAUCGGUUGAUCGGUAUAGAAGUCAAUGCACUUGCAGGGGCCAUCUAGUGGUGAGUUAUAGCAAAAUGGAUAGCAUAACAAACAACCUUCUCCAUGAAAAAAACACUUGGAGGUGCAAACUUUCAUGGUGAUCAGUCAAACUUUGUCCGUGUUUAUUGUCAUGUGUACCAACAUCCAUUUAUAUAUAUAUAGGUGUUUACUACAACCUGUAAUUAUUGUUUUGUAAUUCUGGAAAAAAACUUUGUACAUAGUUAGUGUUUACUUUUUUUUUUUUUUUUGUGGAAAAACCAAAUGAUAAAGCAGAGUACCUGAGUGAAAUGCUAUAUACAAAUAUUUUACGCCUUUUAGUUUAGGGGUUUGAAAGUGUUUCAAAAAUAUUCAAUAUUUGUGAUUAAUUUGUUUUUCUGUUCAUCAAGUGGGAUUCAUUCACAAUAAAGUUUAUUAAAAAUGUAUGACACCUAAGAUGAUUCAUUGAGAAAUUUUGAUAUUUUCUUCAACAUAGUACAUAUAUGCUUUUUAUAUGCAACAGAUAAUAUUUUAAAAAUACUUUUUUUUUAUGUUUAUAAUCAGUUUGAUCAACAAAACAAUAUUCAAACUUAAUUUUUUCCUGGUUCAAGAAAAUGCAUUGUGAGGUAUUAUAUUUCCUUGCAUUUAAUCCACUUUACUGUGGUAUCAUUUAUAUCUCUAAUUUUUUUUACUGUCUCUUGCAUAAAUUUUUAUUAAACUCUUGUCAAUUGUAAAAAAAUUAUGUAAAAAUUCUAUAAUUAAAAUUGUUUCAAAAAAUGCUCUACAUUUGUGAAUAAUUUGAAAAUGAAUUAAAAAUUUGAUUUUAAUUAUAAAAAAAUCCACAGAAGCCUGUUUUAGUUACGAAUUUUCAAACUUAGUAUAAGUGUUAGGAUUUUUCCAAAACUGUAAAAGUUAAUUUUAUAAAACAUUAAUUGUAUUGAAUUUCUUGGUUUGCUGCACUGAAUAGCAACUAAGCAUUAAAAAUGUAAUAAACAUAUCAACCUAGCAAGUAUAGCUGUGUAUUCUUUGUUGGGUGCUCAAAUAUACAAAAUCUUCGCUGUCUUUGCUCUGUUGCUAGUACAAAACCUGACUAAUAUGAUGGGCCAUAUAUUCAUCACUGAGUUUUUUAUGGUUGAUUUUUUUAAAAACAAUUUUGUUUUUCUAAAAAUUUUCCAAAAUUGUGGUUUUUGUAAGAACAGUGACAUAUCAUAAGUUUCAAUUACUUAAUUUGUCAGUAUGUCUGCCAACAUUUUGAGUAGGAGAUGGCAUUUAGAGGAAGUAUGUGAAUCCUGCUUGAGUAGUUAUGAUGAGGAAUAUAAUAUUAUUACUUUUGGCUGGUAAGAGGGAAAAAAUAGAAAUGUCAUUGUGUGUUCUUUUUGCAGUUGCAGACAUAAUUAUAUAUAAUUUGAUCCAAGCACCUUAUUUAUUUUCAUAAUUAUUAAGACAUUUCUACUGACUGACUGAAUGACUGACACAUUUUAUAUAAAAAAGCUCAUAGUCCACUUAACUUUAUCAUGCAAACCUUAUGUUAUAGCCUAUUAUUAAAAUACUGCUCAUCUUGUUAAAAUUCACCAAACAGUCAAUACUAUAAAGAUUCUGCACAUGUUAGAAGUUAUACUUCUAUUGAAUUACUAAAAUAUUAAUUUGAAACAUUUUAAAACACUUAAGUAGGACUAUAUGUGUGUAUUUUUGUCGAAACGACUGAAAUCAGUAUGUAAAUACUUCCUGCAAACUAACUUUAACCCUUUUGAGCUGAUUCAACAUUAUUAUUGUGUAAUAUUAUUAUAUUAUAAUGUUAUAAACGUAAAAAUAAAUUUUUCAAGUGCCGAGAUUCCAACUAUGUCCCAUGAUUUUAAGAAGUGCUUGCUCUACCGCUGUGCCAAUCUUCUUAGGUAUUUUAAAACUUAAGAUUACUUUUUACUAAGACUAAUUUAGUUUACCAAAUGUAUUCCAGGAUAUUUUCACCAUCAUAAAGUUUCAUUUGGCACACCAAUACGAUUGGUAUGUACCCUAAUGUUUACAGAAGUUACUCUAGUAUAUUUGUGUUUACGUGGGUCCACCAUCUUUUUGUCACAUUUCCGUUCAUCGACUUCUGUUUCCUUUUCGUAAAAUUACUGCUACCAAAUGCCAUAUACCAAGAGCUAAAAUAUUUUUACACCAAAAACUUACAUUACUGUAUGCAAUGUGGCUUCUCACACUAUAACAUAUUGUCUUCACUGAUAUUUUGCAAAUUUUUCCAUAACUUUGAGGGUAUAAGGAUAUAACUGCCUAAUUUCAUCCCCCCCUUCCUUUUUCUACAUCCGCCAUUGCUCACGUGUUUGUAAUUAUCCUCACAUAUCAAUAGGAAAUAUGACAUGUCUAUGUUAAUAAGAAAAAGCUUUUUUAACAAGUUGUCAAAAUUGAAUUGAAGUUCUAAAUGCAGACAAAGUGUUAGACAGCCACCGCUAAGAACUAUGUUACAAGUUGAUCACCAUGUUAGCUUCAGGCUGUGCAUUUACACCUUGUACGCUUGUUUCUGACACAGUACAGUGUGGAAUGAACACGUGAUAGGAGAAAUAGAACUGUUGACACUAUUCAUUCAAUACGUUUGUUCCGCUUCAACCUUGUUGGUUUAUGUUGUGUGUUGUUUUUUAUAUUGAGUGUAUUAUGACUGAAAAUAAAGAAAGUUCAAAUAGUUC